UGGGGUGCUGUGCCAGGCUCAUGGGGUGCUUUGGGUGCAGUGCCAGGCUCGUGCAGUGCUGUGCCAGGGUUGUGCUGCUGUGCCUCAGUGUGAGGCUCAGGUGCUCUGGGAGCACAGUAGGGUGCCUGGGGCUCCUGUGCUCUGUGGGGAGAUGAUGGCGGCCUGCUGGAAUUUGCAUAAUUAAUUGCCUCACCAUAACCUAUUAAGCAUUGCCCUCACAGCCUCGUGCCCUUGUGGCUGUGACUCAACCUGGACUGGAUAUGAUAGAUGGAUGCAUGUUCCCAUGGUCCUUGCAGCUCCAGGAUUUUUUUUUUUCCUUACACCUUUCUGGGUUUUUUUCAGUCCUUUUUGAAAUCUGGACAUGGCACAUAGGGCACAGCACAUCACCUGCUUUGGGCUUUGCUGCUGUGGGUGUUGUGUGUGUAGGACCUGCCCAGGCGCCACUGUGGGCCAGUGCCUUGUUCCUCUGCUGACAACCUUUGAUCAGUGUGCCACAACUGAUAACACAGCCACGAUCAAUAACACAGCCUGUCCCAGCUGCCAAGCAAAGUUUGUGUCCAAUGGGUCCUGGAGGGAGCAGUGGCCCUGGGGCAGGAGCAGCUCAGCCAUUGGGAUGCAUCUAGGAGCAGUGGUGCUUGCACAGGGCCGUGCAGGAAUUAGCACUGCCCUUAAUUGCUGCUCAAUUAAGCAGAACCGGAGCUUGUGGGGCACCCUGCUCUGUCCUUAGCUGUGGCCGUUCCUGGGUGGAAGCUUGAGGCCAGUUUGUGUUUCUCUUCCUGCGAAGCUUUUUGCUUUAAUUAUUAACCAGUGCCAGGCAGUGCCAUGGCUGGGGCUAAGCCAGGGCAGGGGGGAGGCUGAGGGAAGCCCCCUGCCCCUGGGCCCUCAGCCCCUGCUCAGCUCCUGAAGCAUCCAUGAGUGCAGGUGGGGUGUGAGUCCUUACAGCUGUGGUUUUAUGGGGAUGAGGGUUUCAGGGAAUUAACAGACUCCAGGAAAAAAUCCUCUGUGUCUGUGUAGGACUCUCUCUGCCACUGGUGCUGAGGCUGUUCUUGUCCUGGGCUGGUCAAGGCAGCUGGGCACCAUCCAGCUAAAAAUAACUCCAGUAAAUAAAACACUUCCUCCUGGCCUGGCACGCUGCAGCGGAGCACAGGGAGCUGGGACGUGCCUGGCUGUGCCUCCACAGUAGGACUGGCUCUGUGCCAGGGAGAUCUGGGCUGGUGCCACCGGGUCCAGGCCUGCCCGAGCACCCUCAGCAUCCCCCUGCCCAGCCCCUGGGGACAGAGUGGCCCAUGGCAUCCUCCAUGCCAACAGCAGAAUGUCACCGCUGGCUGCUGGAGGGCUGGAUCCCCCGGUGUCAGGGUGAUGGCCCAUGGCAGCAGGAUGCCACGGCCGCCCCAUGCUGAGCUCUGUGCUGGCUCAGUUUCUCCACCCGCAGCAUGGGACUCCCACACCUGGCACGUGUCCCAGGUGACGUUGGGAAGGGUGUGGGACACGGGAUCCUGGUCACGGCCGCGUCAGCCCCACGCGCCGGGGCAGCGAGGUGUCAGCGCAGCCACCCACGCAGGGGAUCACGGUGGGCAGCCCCCUUCACCCCCCCAGCAGGGCUGAGGAGCCCAGGAAGGAUAAUGGGGGUGGGGGGCAGCCCAGUCAGGGGCCAAGCCACAUGCUGGGGCUGGCAGGAGAGGUGAUGCACUGGGGGGAGGGGAGGGCACCAUGGGGGGGUACAGUCCCAUCCCUGCUCCCCCAGGAUGCCCAAACCUACAGAAAGCCAUCCCAGUCCCCAUUCCAAUCCCUGUCCCACCCCUGCAGUGCCAGGGCUCUGUGCUUUGUUGGCUUCAUCUUCCUCUUCCUCACCUGUGCCCUACCUAGCGGGGGUGCAAUCAGCUGAGCCUGUCUGGCCCCUCCCUGGGCUGGGCCUGGCUAUAAAACCCCGGAGCCAGGCAGAGGGUGGUGUCACAAGGAUCUGGGAGCUGCUGGCAGGUGAGUCUGGGGUGCCAGGGUUGGACUUGGGAGCUCUUGUCUGUUGGAAGAGCUGGUUUCGCUGGGCUGCAGGUGGGAUCCUGCCUGGUUCCCACAGGACUCAGAGCUGGGUCUGGAUUUGGGACCUACCAAUGAGUUUUGGAUGAUGCUUUUUGGGGCACAAGAUGCCAUUGAGUAGGUUUGGGAGGCACAGCCUUGGGCACAACAGGAGAUGCAGAGGGGAUUUAUGGUGUGUACAAGGGCUGUUCCCAUGGGACAUCUCACUGCCGUGUCUGGGUAGUGCUGGAAUGGCCCCACUGCUCAGCUGGGCAUGGGGAGCAGAGGGGUCUGAUGAGGGGCAGAGGGGCCAUUCCCAUGGGAUAUCCCCCUCCCCUGUCUGGGUGCUGUUGGGAUGGCUCUGUGGGGCAGGUGGGCAUGGGGAGCAGGAUCUGCCCGGCACACAGCCAUCCGUGUCCCAGCCACCAGGAAGUGGUGGUGGCCCUGGUGACAUAGCCUUGAGUCACACUGGAGACUCCAGGUGACAGCCCAUCUCCGGUACGGGCUGGGAGGGAUGCUUGGAGAGAGGCAACCCAGUCCCUGAACUGCCCAUCCCUGUCCCCAGACAGCAGCAGCGAUGGCAACGCUCUACCCCUCCCUGGAGGACAUGAAGGGCCACCAGGUCCUGCAGGCACAGGCAGCAGCUGGGGUGAGGACCCCUGCCACCACAGUGGUCACAGAGAAGCCGAAGCUCACCUCGGGCACUGAGCCUCCUGUGCUGUACCCCAACCUAGCCGAGCUGGAGAACUACAUGGGGCUGGCGCUCUCCAGCGAGGAGAUCCAGAAGAACCUGCGCACGGAGGACAGCACCGCACUGACCCCCGCCGGGCCCUCCCCCGGCCAGCUGGUCGCCCCCCUGAGCGGGAACAGCGCGGGGCUGCGGCGGGCAGAGAUCAAGCCGGGCGUGCGGGAGAUCCACCUGUGCAAGGACGAGCGGGGCAAGACGGGGCUGCAGCUGAAGAACGUCGACCAGGGCAUCUUCGUGCAGCUGGUGAAGGCCAACUCGCCAGCAGCGCUGGUGGGGCUGCGCUUCGGGGACCAGGUGCUGCAGAUCGACGGCAAGAACUGCGCGGGCUGGAGCAGCGACAAGGCACAGCGCGCGCUGAAGAAGGCGAACCCUGAAAAAAUCGUCAUGGUGGUGCGGGACAGGCCUUUCCAGCGCACCGUGACCGUGCACAAGGACAGCACCGGCCACAUCGGCAUCGUGGUGAAGAAGGGGAAGAUUGUGUCGCUGGCCAAGGACAGCUCGGCCGCCCGCAACGGGCUCCUCACCCACCACUGCAUCUGCGAGGUGAACGGCCAGAAUGUCAUCGGCAUGAAGGAUAAGCAGCUCAUGGAGGUGCUGGCAGGGGCUGGGAACGUGGUGACACUGACCAUCAUCCCCACCGUGAUCUAUGAGCACAUGGUCAAACGGCUCUCAUCAGGGCUGGUGAAGUCAUCCAUGGACCACUCCAUCCCUGACCUGUGACACCAUCGCUGCUGUUCCGGGAGCUGAUGCUGGAAGCCCAGAGGGCCAGCUGAGAGGACCCCACAGCACCUCCAAAGGAGCUAUUCUAGCACAAAACCCCUUAUUCCUUCAGCGUCUGGUGGCUGCUGGGUGGUUCCUCCUCUCCUCAGCAAGGAUGGGGCAGAUGUCCUGUACCAGGGUCCCACUGUCCCCGUGUCCCUGCUUGGGCCACCCCCUCAGGGCAGAUGCCAAGGGCUGGCUCCA